AUGAUGCUCAUCUCUCGCUGCCUGCAUCUCAUCCUGACUGACAUCAUCACCCCAUCCUGCUUACAUCACCUCCUGCUGGAGUUCUUAGGCACCGCCCUCUUCCUGUCGGCCAGCCUAUCAGGUGUCCUGAUGCUGCCGGCUGCUGGGCUGGAUCAACCGACCAAUCAGAGCGCCCCGUUUGCAGCUCAGUCUGGACUAGUACCCGUCUUACCUGAGUGCCCCCUGCAGGUGGUGCUGGUCUUCGGUCUGUCAGUUGCCAUGGCAGCAGUCUGUGUGGGCGGGGGCGUUCACCUGAACCCAGCAGUUACCAUAGCGAUGGCCCUGACCCUUAGGCUCCACCUGUGGAGAGCAGUCCUGUAUGUGAUUGGUCAGCUGCUGGGGGGCGUCGCCUCUGCGGCGCUGAUGCUGGUUCUGACUGGAGACGUGACACCUGCUCUCAACCAGGUGAGUUUAGCUCCGCCUUGGAGCCCUGGCAGCCAAUCAGAGAGCAGGAUUUUCCAUGACUCACGUGUUUGUGUUCAGGUGUCUGCCGGUGUCUGGCUCCACCAGGCGGUCGUUGUGGAAAUGCUGGUGACCCUCCAGCUAGUCCUGGUUGUCAUGGCGACCACCGACGUCCCCCUGCCAGCUGUGGUGCCUCCUCUGUUGGUCGGUCUGGCUGUCAGUCUGGGUCACCUGGUGGCUGUGAGCUCGACAGGUUGUGGGAUGAAUCCAGCUCGAUCCUUCGGUCCGGCCGUGAUCGCACUGGACUUCACCGACCACUGGGUGUUCUGGGCGGGGCCUGGCUUGGGGGCGUGUCUCGCCGCUCUGCUGAACGACCUGCUGCUGCGGCCGCGAUGGCAUCGCCCCGGAGACUGGUGGGCGGAGCUGAAACGGCUGCACGUGCUCAGUGAGAAGCAGCAGCAGGUGGCGCUGUCACACCUGCAAUAACACACACAACAGACACACACAUUCACACUCACAUGUCUCUGUGACACAACUGUAAGGCCUUAUUAUAUUUUUGAAUUAUUAUUAUUAUAGUUUCUCUGCAUUUUUCUGUUAUUUCUGAACAACUGAAGCACAAAUAUGUCUGUUUUUGUGAGCAAAAUGAAGCUCAGUUCAUCAAACUGGUUUAAAAUAGUUGUGUUGUUUGUUUGUUCUGUUGAUGUUCCUUUGGUUCUGACUGGAACGUCUCGGUGAGGGCUCUGGCCUGCUAUAUUUUUGUAAAGACUCAUUGUACCCUAUCAUCAUAAACGUCUAUACGGAGCUUUUUCUGAUCAUUUAUUGAGUUUACAUUCACAGAAAUUCUAAAUGCGGGCUUCUGUUUUUAAUUUCAUCAUCUUUUAAGCAGCUCAGACCUUCUGAACCGACUGAACUUCACACACAAAACUCUCAGUUUGUGUCAAACAGCAGAUUGCACAGUUUGUGUGUCUGUGUGUAGAGUUGCUUUGUGUGUUUGUGUAUCUGCAGUUUCGCUUCAGUGAUGGAGAUCUAAAACUGAUCAGAUUAGUGUUGAAAGAGAACAUCUGUCACAAGAUCAUUUUCAUGUUCGUUCUCCACAUUUAGACGCUUUGUCAGUAGUUUCUCUCCUGCUCAUGUUUCUGUAAAUAUUUAAUUCAUCCAUCUCAGAUUCUCUUCACUGUUUACUUACUUGGGGCUCAACACUACAACCCGUUUAAAACCUGAGAAUUUUUGUAUUUUCUCCGUUAAAAUAAAAAUCUAUGAAACAAUGUUCAGGCUUCCUGCGAAAAUAAAACAACCAUGAAAUGUGGUGACAACAGACAGGAUAGUUUCAUCAGAUCAGAAUGACUGAAUAGAUCCAGCAGAGGACACAUUUUUAUUUACUGGACCUUGAAAAUGUUUUCUGAAAUGAUGGUAUAGUUGUGGCCUCAGCAGGUAGAGAACAGUCCGUCCUGUCAACAACAACAUGUAAUCAUCAAUAUUAAUAACAACAGUAGCUGCAGACAUUUAAUUAACUGAUUGUCAACUAAUAAAUUAAUAUCCAACUACUCUGAUAAUCCAUGAAUCAGUCUGAGUAAUUCUUUAUAUGAACUGUCUAAGUUCUGUGAUUUCACCUUCUUCAGUCUAAAUAUUUCUUUCCUCUAUGACAGUAAACUCAAGAUCUUUGGACUAAACAAGGCAUUUGAGGAAACUCUGAUCCACAGUUUUAACAUUUUCUGACAUUUUAGAAGCCAAACAGCUGAUUGAUUGAUCCAGAAAGUUCUUAAAG